GAAUAUUAUCCCAGCAUGUUGGACAAAACCAAAACUCUGCAGCCCACUUAUAGUGGGAUUGUGCCAUUUGCAGAGGUUGUUUUGAAAGAUGGAAAGAGCAUAGGCUUGGGUCAGGAUUCUUACCACAGUUUGCGAGAAGUGCUACAGUUGAAGCUCCAGCAGCGCCGAACACGUGAGGAGCUGGUUAGUCAAGGGAUCAUGCCUCCUCUGAAAAGCCCAGCUGCAUUUCAUGAACAGAGAAGGAGUUUAGAACGGGCCAGGACGGAGGACUACCUGAAACGAAAGAUCCGCUCCCGGCCAGAGAGAUCAGAGUUGGUGAGGAUGCACAUUUUAGAAGAGACCUCUGCUGAACCUUCCCUUCAGGCUAAGCAGCUGAAGUUGAAGCGGGCCAGACUGGCUGAUGAUCUGAAUGAGAAGAUUGCCCAAAGACCAGGUCCCAUGGAGUUGGUAGAGAAGAACAUUUUGCCUGUUGAAUCCAGCCUGAAGGAAGCGAUAAUUGUAGGUCAAGUGAACUACCCGAAAGUAGCUGCAGAUAAUUCCUCCUUUGAUGAGGAUAGUAGUGAUGCCCUUUCUCCAGAACAGCCAGCAAGCCAUGAAUCCCAGGGAUCUGUGCCAUCUCCAAUGGAAGCACGUGUUGUUGAAUCCCUUCCCACCUCCACAGUGGCAUCCCCUCCUCAGGUGGUGUGUCAGUUACAAAUCAGUGCAGACUCCAGUGAGACGCCCUUCCUGCCUGAACAGCCUCCAGCUGCCCUGCUACCCCCACCACCUCCGGUGCCUCCUAAUCUCACCAAUGGAAUUGCUACUCCUGCAGCCAAACCACUUCCAACUCUUAUAAAGCAAAGCCAGCCCAAGACCUCAUGCGAAAAGUCCCAGCGGAGCAAAAAAUCUAAGGAACCGAAACCGAAAGUCAAGAAGCUGAAAUACCACCAGUAUAUCCCACCGGACCAAAAGCAGGACAAAGGGGCUCCUCCCAUGGAUUCCUCUUACGCCAAAAUCCUACAACAACAGCAACUCUUCUUGCAACUCCAGAUCCUGAAUCAGCAGCAGCAGCAGCACUACAACUAUCAGACCAUCCUCCCUGCUCCACCAAAGCCCCCAGGAGAGCAGCAGAAUGGAAGCAGUGCCCCACCUGUGCGGAGUCUCUCCAAUGCUGUCAGCAACACCUCUUCUGUUUCCUCUAGUUCUAAUGGGUUGAUGCGACAAAAUAGCAAUGCUCCAAUGGGCAAGCCAGGAGUUCUCCCUGCAAAUCUUGACGACAUGAAGGUGGCAGAGUUGAAGCAAGAAUUGAAGUUGAGGGCACUGCCGGUGUCCGGUGCUAAGCCAGAUCUAAUUGAGAGGCUCAAGGCUUAUCAAGAGCAGAACGGCAUGGCUGGCCGGGCAGCUGGCGCUCCAAAGCCCAAUACAGCAAUUCUCCCAAAGUCUUCGGAAGUGGUAGUUGCUUUCCCAGCUGCCAGGCUGAGUACAGGGCCUGCACUCGUCAGCACAGGCAUUACUUCGGCAGAGGUGGUUGUGGCAACAGUCACCGGCAAUGGUGUGAUGAAAUUUGGAAGCACAGGCUCAACUCCUCCUGUCUCCCCCAGCCCCUCUGAGCGUUCGCUGAUGAGUGCUGUGGAUGAGAAUUCGACCAGCGGAGACGCUUUUGGGGAGAUGGUGACCUCUCCUCUGACUCAGCUCACCCUGCAAACUUCACCUGUACAGUUUUUGGUGAAGGAAGAGAGCUCCAAAGGCAGCCCGUGCAGCACAAAUCAAGGUGUGAGAGCAGAACCCUCUCUCAGCAGCAGCGGUGGGGGCAAGCAAGACAUGGAGGUGCAGAAUAAAGACCAGAUGUUGCAGGAGAAAGAUAAGCAGAUUGAGGAGCUCACACGGAUGCUGAAGCAAAAGCAGCAGCUGGUGGAGAUGCUGAAGCUGCAGCUGGAAAGGCAAAAGCAGUCGCAGCAGCCACUCUCAGCCACAGCGGUUGGCGAGGAGGGACCCCCUUCAGUUCCAGAGCCACCUGCAUUUUGCACCCACAUUAAGAGUGAAAAGGGCGUUGUGAGUUGCCAAUUUUCAGGGCAGCCCAGCUGCCACACAGACCAAUUAAAAACCACACAGACCACUAGCCAAAUGGACACCUCAGAAGCAAGCUCAGUGCCAAAGAAAGCAGUGAUGGUGAAGCAGGAGGUGCCAGCUGUGGAGAAUGAGCCAUCCUGCCAGACCUCAAAUUUUUUCCUUGGCCAGCAAGCUGGAGGCUUCAGUGACCUCAUCAAAGGAACACCUCCCCCUACCCUCAUCACCGAUUCUACUGGCACACACAUAGUCCUCACAGUGACCAAUCAGAGUACAGAGAGGCAGGGCCUCUCACCUCAGGAAAAAAUGGGGAGCGGUUUGUUGUCAUUGAGGAGAAUGUCAUCUCCACCUGUAAAAGCACCUAUCCAUCAACCCGGAAGCAGCUCCCAGCAACUUCAGCAAUCCCAGUCACCAAGCGAGCCCAUCAAGAAGGGUCAGAAGCUAGGUCUGCAGACGAUCAGUGGGCAGCUCCCUCAAACGGCCUUGUCUUUUUCUGCACCUCCCAACUUGCAGGCCUUCUUCCUGAAUGGCUUUCACAAAGGACCCCUGAAAACCAGUGUUCCUAGCAAAAUUGGGCAGUCCAAUAUGCCGAAAAAGCUUCUCUCACAGCCAAGUUCCCCAGCAACUCCAUCUCCAUCCCAAGUAGACCUUGAGCAGCAGAACCUAUCCUUCUUUGGUAUUCCUCCACCUCUGCCCCUCCCUGCCACCUCCGUGUUGAUGAAAAGACCACCAGGUUAUGAAGAGGCUGUGAAACAACCGCCAAAGCCCCCAGAGGAGAAUGGCUGUUCAAGUCAGCAGAUGGAUGAUCUGUUUGACAUUUUAAUUGAACAUGGAGAGAUUUCAGCUCAGUUCAAGGAGCCAUCUUCCCCUGCAAGAAAAGACACAGCAAUGUCUCCAGGAUGCCCGUCUCCGUCCAGUAGCCACCAUUCCUCAGAUCUGCCCCUGCAAGUGGGCCACCCAAGCUCUAUUAAUCUCACCCCAGCAGGCAGGCUGGAAGACUUCUUGGAAAGCAGCACUGGCCUUCCCUUGCUGACAACUGGCCCUGAUGGACCUGAGCCUCUGUCCCUCAUUGACCUCUACAGUGAGAUGCUAAGCAGUUCAGCAAUCCUGGACCAUCCAUCUUCACCUAUGGACACAUCAGAAUUGCACUUUGCCCCUGAACCUACUGAGGGACCAAGUUUGGACCUGGUAGAGAAUAAUUUAGACAGUAUGGAUUGGUUGGAACUGUCUGGAGGACCAGUGAUGAGCCUCACUCCCCUCAGUACUGCAACACCUAGCCUCUUCUCCACAGAUUUCCUUGAUGGACAUGAUCUGCAGCUGCACUGGGAUUCUUGUUUAUAGCUCUCUGAGCAUGUAGACUGAAGGAGAGCAGUAUAACUGGGUUUAAUAUGUGGUUGGGAGCUUCAGUGAAAGUUACAUCUAAAGACACCCUGCCAUCAUACUUUUGACCAGCUUUUGUGAAUCUAGAGCCAAGGGCAAGCACCAGUGAUGUAUUUAGAAGAUUCAGCCUCAGGCAAGCUGUCACCUUUCUCACAGCCAGGAGUAGGAUGAGACACGGUCCUUUCUUUAAAUAUUCAGGGGACACACUAAGGUGGGAGUGAGUUUCUGGAGAGUUUCACGCCUCUUUUGCGUGAGUUGGCAUUCUGCCUGGGGGCUUAGUUAAAGGCUAAGAAUCCUGAACAGUUCAGGAGGACUCACUAGAGAACACAGGACAUUCUACUCAACUUGAGGCUGCCUAGUUAGGAAGCCUUUGUUAAAAACUUCAAAGAAAACAAAUUUGGCCACGUCAAGAGGGUUUUUUCCUUUAGUUUUGGCUAUGGGCUCUGUUUCUGAGAAAAGGCAAUGGAGGACAACUGCAGAACCAUGGAUGAAUCAGAAUGAGUACAGAGCUGAGGCACCAAAUAACCUCAGUUCCACACUUAGGCAUCCUUCUCCCAGAACUUCCCUGCUAUAACAUCAUAGUAUAGGUGCUUUCUGCCAAGUAAGAAAUCCAAACUCGUGCCAGUGCGUAAACAAUAGCCAUCUUUCCUUGACCUGCUCCCAGUUCCUGCACAUAGUCCUUGCUUCUGGCUUGACCCAGCUAAAAAUAAAACAGGUGACUGAAUUCCCUGGUUGUGGUAUUUCACUUGGGUGAAUUUUUUCCCUGAGCACUAAAUUGGCUGUGAGUCAAGAAUGACGUGUGCAACUUCUUCUAAUUGCUGUACUGCCUUCUCUUUUAUAGCCCUGCCUCUGAAAGCUGGUUGGCUAGAACCUGUGGUUUUUGAAGAGAGGGUGUUCUGGAAGGUUUUGGCCUUUUGGUGCAGAACGGCCACCUGGGCUGCACUAUGAUGCUGUACCUAGCACUUGUUAGUUGAUGGGAGCUUCCACUAUUCUGAAGCCUGGCAUUAUGGGGACGUCUGGUCUCAGUGUAGGUCACUGCACAAAAGGGGUUAUAACUUCUUUAUGGAGUGCUCAACUUAUGACUAACUUAAAAAAGAAACCAUUUUAAUCAAAAAGGGCCUUGGAAAAUAUGAGCACCAGUUUUUUCUGGAGGAAGAAACCUUAGCUGCUUGCUAAGGAGCUGUAUGUUUCAUUGCACAGAGGAAAUAUCUUGUAGCCAUCAUCCCUGCUGCUGGGAAGAGUGGUUCUGAACCACAGUCUUGCCUCUUGAUACUUGGUUUCAUUUAUAGCUGGUAAAAUAUCUGUAUAUAGUGCUGUAAAACUGUUUUGUUUAGAAAGCAAAUAAAGUUAUCCCACCUAUUUAGAAGGUGAUAUUUCUUUUUAGCUCCUCCCCCUCUGAGAUAAACCAUUGGGGAGCUGCUUUUUUAGCCUGUGGUUUGGUGCAGAAGAGGACUUGAUCCCUGCACUGCCCUUUUAGCCUUAUUGCACAUGUCACUCUAAUGAAUUUAUACUCCCAUUAGUCUUUCCUUCUCUCUCCUCCCCAUCAGAAAAUACUCAGUUGUGCAUCUGCUAGCACUGCCUGACCUCCCACAGCUUAAGGAAGUGGUUUUCUUUUUGCUUGUUUCACAAACAUUCUGUUUCUCUUGCACAUUAUAGAAACUACAACAUAUCCUGUACCCCAUUAUGAUGAGUGGCCUGAUUCUGGAGAAACAAUGGCAAUUGUGUGUCUAGCCAUUGUUCUGGAAUAAUCCACUGCAUGUGAAGUUAAUUUCAUUCAGUGAAAGAAGUCCACUUAAAAAAGAAAAUCAUAUUUUUUGCAUUUGCUAGAGGUAGUGUAUUUUCUCUGUUACCUACUAUGAAUCAUAUCAAUCAUUUGGUCUGUGGCUGGAUUGGAAAGUUGUAUACUUGUGAUUGCUCACAGUGCAGGAGAAUUAAUUCCACCUGGGGUAGUGGUAGUGGUGAGGACUUCUUAAUGACCUAGAUCACUGAGAGUAUUUUGCCUCUUCUGUCAAUAUAUUUAGAUUUUGAUAUUCCUUGGCCAAGUCAGGACUGCUUUUUCAGCAGUAUGGGUUUCAUUUAGAAAGGUGCUACCAACAGCUGCUGCCUGGCUCUGGAACAGUAACUAUAUCUUCUGUUACAGUGUACAGUUACAAUGAGAAGUCAACAAUUUUGACAAAUCACUACUUUUAAGCCUAAAAGGUACCAAGCCUAGUUUAGUACGCUUCCUAUCGUGGGACUCAUACAUCAGUGGAACAGGAGCAUACUUGGGAUUAUACACUAAUGUCAGGUUUUUCUCCAUUGUAUCAAAUAGCGCUGCUUUUAAAGGUCUGUUCUUUAAAUUCUUCUUUUAUACCGAACACAGUAAAACAAGAGUCUAAGGAG